CCUGUUGCAGCCAAGUGGGUCCGGCAUCUUAUCAGGAGUCCAAGCAUUUGCUGAUAACCAAAAAAGUUGUCUGUUCUGGCCCCCAUGUGAGCCUCCAUGUAACAUCCACCUCAAUAUCAAGUUGAAGACCAGGGGAUGUCGCGCACUGUUUCUUAAAUGAUCUUCACCUAGAAUCAUAUAAUACAAGGCUUCUAUGUUCAAAAUGCCUCGCGCCGCUUCCCCCGCGCUUUCUGAGAAUGAGGUCGACAUUCUAGGGUCUCUGCUCACUAAUGGGGAUGAGAGCUCACAGGCGAAGACGAAACAUGCUGAGCUGCAAGAUGGAUUCAGCUUCGACGUUGAAGAUCUCCUCGAUGGCGAUGAUGGCGACAAAGGCGAUGACGAUGAGGCUUUCAUCGCGUUGAAGCAGGCUGCUGCGUUUCGGAAGAACUCGAACCUCAAGGGCACGACACUUAAGAAGGGUGGAGGUUUUCAAUCUAUGGGUUUGAAUGGAAAUCUUCUCAAAGCAAUUACAAGGGUGGGAUUCAGAGUUCCGACACCUAUUCAACGAAAGACGAUACCAUUAAUUUUGCAACGAAAAGAUCUCCUAGCUAUGGCCAGGACGGGUUCGGGGAAAACUGCCGCUUUCCUAAUUCCUAUGGUUCAAACUCUGAAAGCGCAUUCGCCAAACAUGGGGGCGCGCGCCUUGAUAUUAAGUCCUAGCCGUGAGCUCGCUAUCCAGACUCUGAGCGUCACGAAGAGCUUUACACGUGGAACGGAUCUUAAAACGAUGUUGUGUGUUGGAGGUGACUCACUGAACGAGCAAUUCGCAAACAUGACGGCGAAUCCAGAUAUCAUAAUUGCGACUCCCGGUCGAUUUUUGCAUUUAUUAGUCGAAAUGAACUUGAAUGUUACGGGUCUAGCUAAGAUGCAAUAUGUUGUUUUCGACGAGGCAGAUCGUCUGUUCGAGAUGGGAUUUGCGGCACAACUUCAAGAGAUUCUUCAUUCUCUGCCGCCAACUCGCCAGACGCUACUUUUCUCAGCCACGCUACCUUCCUCUGUUACCGAAUUUGUUAGAGCUGGAUGUCAGGACCCUACCCUAGUACGACUAGACGCCGACACAAAGGUCAGCCCAGAUCUCGAGGCGGCUGUCUUUAGUGUUAAAGGGGACGAAAAACUCGGUGCCCUCCUACAUAUUUUGCAUGACGUUAUCAAGAUACCUACCGGCUUACCGGAGGGAGUUACAGACUUAUCCGAAAACUCUUCGAAAAAAAGGAAAAGGGGCCCUGACGCCUCUCACGAGAAGCAGAAACCCUCGCCUCACGCCACCAUCGUCUUCACGUCCACCUCACACCAUGUAGAGUUCCUUCAGACGAUGCUUACUGCAGCCGGUUUUGCUGUUUCAUACGUCUAUGGCUCUUUAGACCAGACAGCAAGAAAAACGCAGGUUGACAAUUUCCGAAGAGGACGAUCUAACAUAUUGGUGGUUACCGAUGUUGCCGCGAGAGGUAUAGACAUACCGCUCCUUUCCAACGCUAUCAAUUAUAGCUUUCCCGCAACUCCCAAGUUGUAUAUCCAUAGAGUAGGACGUGUCGCUCGAGCAGGUAUGCGUGGAUGGGCCUUUAGUCUUGUAAAGGAUACCGACGUCCCAUACCUCCUGGAUCUUCAACUAUUUCUCGGGCAGAAAUUGAUUCUUGGCAAGGAGGGGAAAGGAACGCCGAGUUUCACAUCAGACAUGGUCGUCGGUGCUCCAGUCCGAAGCAAGGUCGAGAAUUACACAGAAUGGCUCAAUAAGGUCUUGGCGGACGACUCCGAUCUUGCCAAUUUACUACGUGUUUCCGAUAAGGCUGAGAAACUCUAUCUCAAGACUCGCAACAGCGCCUCUAGCCAAAGUGCGCGUCGGGCGCGAGAAGUAGUUGCCUCCAAAGGCUUUUCCCAGGUCCAUCCUUUAUAUGGUGAUGACGCCAGCGCCAUCGAGGAUGAGCGGGCGGAAAUGCUCGCCAAGAUUGGUGGCUUUAAACCGCAAGAAACAAUAUUCGAAAUUGGCAGGGGAGCCAAGGGCGGACGGAGCAAGGAGGCGGAAGUCAUGAAGUCGAUCCGAGAGCGCUUCGGAUCCCGGAGAACAGCGACUGGGGGAGAAGACAAGGAAACGGAAUCCAACGAAGCCUCAGACGAGGAUGCUGAUGACGCAGAAGAUGCCGACGAGUUUGGUGUAGAAGUUGGCGAAACCGAGGAGGCAUCAGACGAUGAUGAAGACGAUGACGAGGAGAUACCAGAACCCAUAGACUCCGACUCCGAAAUGGAGGUAACAAUAUCCAACCACACGGACCCUGGACCCGGCAACAAAUCUCGCCAAAGCAGCAAAGCCGCCAAGAAGUCCUCUGACUUCCGCGACCCCGAAUUCAUGGCCUACGAGCCGCGCACCAUCAACGCCGCCGAGACGCGCGGCUACGGCGUGCACUCCGGCGGGCAAUCCAACGCGAGCGGGAACUUCUUCGAAGCAGCGCGCAGCGCAACCUUCGACCUGACGAACGACGAGGGCGCGAAAUCCUUCGGCGCGCCAACGCGCGCCGGUCUACGCUGGGACAAGAAGAGCAACAAAUACGUCUCUCGCAACAACGACGAAGACGGCAGCCGGAUGCAACAGCCCAAGAGCGCCGGCAGCACCAGCGGCGUGAAGUACGUCCGCGGCGAGUCCGGCGUGAAGAUCGCCUCGACGUUCCAGAGCGGCCGCUUCGAGAGGUGGAAGAAGGAGCAGCGCGUCGGCCGUCUGCCGCGCAUAGGCGAGGCGGAGCGGCGCGGACCAGGGAGCUCCGGUGCCACCACGAUCCUGGGCGGCGGCGCGCGGUACAAGCACAAGCAGGAGAAGGCGCCCAAGGCGGCAGACAAGUACCGCGACGACUACCACGCGCGCAAGAAGCGCGUGGCCGAGGCCAAGGAGAAGCGCGUCGGCCGCUUCCGCGACGGCGACGGCAAUAAGAAGGAGCUCAGGAAUGCGGACGACAUCCGCAAGGACCGCAAGCAGAAGGAGUUGCGCAGGCAGAAGAAUGCCCGGCCUUCGAGGAAGUGAGGGAAAUGGAACGAGUGGAGCAAUGCAGCGCAACGUAUAGCUAAUAUAACACUAUAUAUGAGAGAGGCUGGUUGGGGUAGACUUUGAAAAGCACCAAGGGAUAAAUAAAAGAACG